AUGGCCCCCCUGUUCGAUUAUGAUAGUCAUCGCAAAGGUCCCAGCACACCGGUGAGAAGAUCUAUUCGGAUAGCGAAACAAUUGCAAUCUGGCGAGGAAUUGGAUUUGCUCUCAAAAUUGGAGGAAGAGGAUGGCGAGGGGCUACCUCCGAAUCAUCAUGCCAAGCCAAAGGGAUUGACUACGAAAAGCAGCCUUCGAUGGCCGUUUUCAUCUUACUCUGCGCCUGCAGAUGAAUCUUUCCCCGGAACACCAACAAGAGUGGCGACAUUUCCGUUCUCCACUCAAUCGCAGCCUGCUAGAGAACUCUCUAUUAGAGCUUUGGAUUUUGAAAAUACCAAUGUCAUUUCGAAGGAAAAAGUAAUGUCAAGUGCUACCGAACACAGACAUGAAAACAACAAUGUAUUUGAAAAUUCUUCUUCAUCGCUUUCUGAUUCUUCAUCUUUUUCAGAGAAAUCCUCCUCCUCAGAUAGCAUGAUUUUUUUGAAGACCCCGAAGGUCCCUUUCAAUCUUUGGUUGAGGAGAUCGUUUUCGCAGUUUUCUUCAUAUUUGGCUUGGCCUUACAAUGUUUCGCUAAGAUUUAAGCCACUGAUGGUCCUUUUCAUAAUAGCGCUCAUUUUGCUGCUAUCGAUUAGGCAUUUGUAUAAGGGAAGAAGCAGGAUAUCAUACGAUUUUCCUGUCGAUUUGAAUGGAAUCAAAUUUACAGAACACUUUGAAAAGCCAAUAACACCACCGCAACCAUCGUCAUCAUUUUCAUCAGCAUCCUCCUCCUUGACUUAUAAUGAGUUGCUUGCAAGGACUCAAGAAUUAGAAAGGAUAGUCACAGCCGUCGUUCAGCAGCAACAUCAAUUUACGGAAAGGUUUUUCCCACUUGCUGAAAACUACAAAGCCUCUUAUGAUCAACUAGACAAAAUACAAUCCGAGUUUCUCACGGUCCAAGAUAAAUUUGAAGCCAUGUCUUCAAAGCUUAAUUUGCUUGAUAGAGAUAUCGUAAGUCGCUCCGAGUUUGAGCUGAAGCUUUCCAGCUUGGUUUCUCAAUUCAAUGUAGCGCUUCUGAAUACUUCACAAGCAACCUCUGAAAUGUUUUCAGAGCUCAAGAGCCAAAUACCAACGCAAGAUAUUCCCGAUACAAAUCGCCACCAUCUUCGUGAUCACAGCCACGAGCAGCCGGCCCAGCCCGAUUAUGCCUUGUAUAGUUUAGGAGCGAAGCCAUUAUUUAUCCACUCCUCAGAUACGCUUCAUGUGCUAAAUAGCUUCAUUAGUAGGCAUUUUGGCGUUGGCGUGAUUGGGAAGGCACAUUUUUAUGCACUGCUUCCUGGGGUUGUCCCAGGGAAUUGCUGGUGCUUUAAUGGAAAUCGGGGAAAUUUUUCUUUUUCCAUUCCAAGGGCAAUUGCUCCAUCCUCUUUUUCAAUUGACCAUCCAUCCUCAGCUACGCUCGCCAAUCGCUCUUCGGCCCCGCGAAAAAUCGAAUUGUGGGCCUCUUCUGAUGUAGAUCUUGAGAGUACUGAUAACAUCUUUGUUCGUCUUUUCAGAAAGAUCUCCAGAGCUUCUUCAACAGAUCCGUGGGAUUCUUUCCUUGGUGCGUUUGAAUACGACAUUGAUGGGCUUUCUACGCAGACAUUUGCCAUU